CAGGAACACAUCCACGGCGAUGGAAAUUCACCCCUGAGCUGAGCUUUCGUGUAGUUGUCUAGGCGGAUAGGGGAUAGGCGUAGGGAGUGGUAGUUUGUAGUCGAGAACCGGAAUUUAGCAAAUAGAACAAGACCGAUUGGAAAGCAGAGCAACACGUACCGUCAUAAUUAUAAUAGCAACGUCAAAAUUCUGCAACGUCACGGAGUUCUGUUUAUCACCAAAACAUGCUAGCCGUCACGAUUAAUUUGUGUAAGAGUAAUUUACACAACGGUGUAUUCAAGUACGGAGGGUUCGAAGUCCUGUUUACCGGCAGAUACUACGAAAGCGCAAUACUCGGUACUGUAUACACAGACAUUCUUCAAAUUGUAUUGGAGAAUGCUGGAUGCCAAUAGCUUCAAGAUGCCGGACUGAAUUUAAAAGAGGGUGAACAGAGGGAGUGAGAGAGGAAUAUAAAGAAGAAGGAAAAUUCAAUGAGAAAUUAGCGACAGAGUAGUUUAUUAGAAAAGCAUAUAAUGAGCCACGCUCAGCAGCAUGUAUUGGCUAGUGCGAUAGUACUGGCCCUGAUAGUGGUCCUGGGAAUUCACGUCUUCCUGUUUCCCAUGUAUUCGUCAAACCCUCGCAUAAGGAGGAUAAAGUUUUCUGAGUAUGAGCAGCCUUUGUGCCACACAAAUCUGAAGAACGUUCGUAUUCCUGUUGAGUGGAAGAACCAAUGCCCCAAGUAUGGAAUCGUAUCGGCUGUACAAGCAGGAAGACUGGGAAAUCAAAUAUGGGAAUACGCCUCUGUCUGGGCCAUAGCCAGAAGAACUGGCCUCGAAGCAUUCAUGCCAAGAUGUAUUCUCAAAACUCUUGAAGAACACUUUGAGCACCUCAGCAUACCUCCGUUAAGCUACAUUGGUCAAUGCACUUUAGAUGGCGGCCAAGUCGUGAAUUCAUUAGAUCAGUGGAACAGUACCGAACAAAGUAUUAUAUUACCAAAGUACGCUGCUCACUGGUCAAUCGUGCUCGACUGGCUGGAAGAUGUCCGCCGAGAAUUUACUUUCAAACCCAAACUUCGUAUGAAUGCUGAGAUGGUGCUGAAAGAAGCUGCGCAACAACAUAAUUUGUCUGAUCCAACGUUUGUUGGUAUCCAUGUAAGGAGAACGGACUAUAUAGAUUAUUUAUGGAAGACACGAAAGGUUCGUGCAGCACCGGUAAGUUUUUAUCAUGCUGCAAUGGACCAUUAUGAGAGAAAGUAUAGGAAUGUCGUAUUUAUUGUGGCCAGCGAUAAUAUUGGCUGGUGCAAGUAUAAUCUGAAAAGAAAGAAAAGCAAGAUCAAUUUUAUUUCUGAACCGGAUGAGAAAGGACCCGGCAAAGAUCUUGCCAUUUUAUCGUCAUGUAAUCACAGUAUUAUUGACUACGGUACUUACGGCUCCUGGGGUGCGAUAUUAGCUGCUGGUGAAACAGUAGUUUUUAACGUGACUGAAUAUUUUUCUACACUCAUGGCUGAAGUGUUGCCAAAUUGGAGAGUUAUGGGAUAGAACAAAAUCAAAACUUUUCACAUCCCUGUACCAUAAGAUUUAUUGAAGCUGUACAUCAAGCCAUGGUAAUUAAGACUUGGAAAUAUUCAUAUAUUUUUUUAAUAAACUAUCAGGUAAA